AUGCUAGAUGUUGAUGAGAUUUGUCGCGCGGUGGAUGAAGCAGGCGGGCGGGUUAUUUUCGAAGUUGAUGAUAUUGUGGCUUUUCUGAAGGGGGUUGAGAGAGGUGGUGGUGGUGGUGGUCGUGGUGGUGGUGAUGAGCAAGCCGGGGGAGAGAAGAGGCGGCAGUAG